AUGUCUGUUUUCAUUCUAGUCGUCAGCUUUAGUACAAAUGGUGAAGCUACAAUUAUUCAUUCAAAACAAGGUCCAACCUCGUUCGAUCGACAAGAGAAACAAUUCAAUGGCAUUGAAGGUCACUGGAAAUUGGUUGACUAUCCACAACACAGUGACUGUACUGGCUAUCAUUUUCACAUAUAUAAAAAAGAUGAAACAGAUAAUAAUUACUACCGUCUUUCGACUAGUGUUGUCAACACUAUGAGUAGCAUCCUUUGUCAUGAUCCGUCCACAAAUCAAUGGCAAAGUCAAGGCUGUAUGCAAACCUUAAUGGGAGGAGAUCAGGAAUCUAUGCGAAAGGAAGAUGUAAUCAGUGAAUUGAUCAAGGGUAUAACAGGUGUUGAGUUACGAGGACAACAAUUGGUUAUAACGUCAAAUGGAAAUCAAGUGAAACUUGAUCGGUAUACACCAGAACCUCCAAAAGCAUACACGAAAAAUGUUUUCGCAGCAGAAGAUUAA